AUGGCGGGGCGCGCGGCCGCGCUGCUCGUGGCCGUGCUGGGCGCGGGGGCCGCGGGGCUCAGCCUGGAGCCGGUGGUGUGGCACACCGGGAACCGGCGGUUCCAGGACGACGGUGGCUACGUGCUGUACCCGCAGAUCGGUGACCGCCUGGACCUGGUGUGCCCGGGGGGGCGCUACGAGUACUACAAGCUGUACCUGGUGGGGGGGGCGCAGGCGCGGCGCUGCCAGGUGCAGGCGCCGCCCGGCCCCGCCCCCCCCGGCCCCGCCCCCACGCUGCUGCUCACCUGCGACCGCCCCCAGCGCGACGUGCGCUUCACCAUCAAAUUCCAGGAGUUCAGCCCCAACCUCUGGGGACACGAGUUCCCGCAGCACGACUAUUACAUCAUCACCACAUCGGACGGGACCCCCGAGGGGCUGGAGAACGGCCAGGGCGGGGCGUGCCUGACGCGGGCCAUGCGCGUCACCCUGCGCGUGGGACAGCGCCCCGGGGCGGAGCCUCCGCCGGACCCGGACACAGGUCCAGCCAAUCAGACGAGCCCGCCCGGGCCGGGCCCGCCCCCCGCGCGGGAGGGGGCGGUGCUGGGGGCGGCGGGGGGCGGGGCCGCGCUGCUGGCGCUGCUGGGGGGGGCGGGGGGGGCGCUCUGGUGGCGGCGCCGCCCCCGGAGAGCCCCGAAAACCCCGCGGGGAGGGGCGGGGCCCGCCAGGCCACGCCCACACGGGACAGGCCCCGCCCACCCCCUGCGCGAGCUGCCCCUCCCCCCCGCGGCCCCGCCCCCCGCCUAUUACAAGGUGUGA